AUGAACUUCAAUCUGCAACCUCAACAACAACAAUAUGAAACUAUUGCCGCUUCUUCAUUAGCCGCCAAUCAAACUUCUUACACCGCACCAAUUUGUACAGUGAGUUCAUUUAUUAUUUUUUGGGAAUUUAGACUAGAAUGUAGGCUAUAUUUUUCUGAAACAUUGAGAAAUUUUCGUAGGAUUUUUUUUUCUAGAAAAUUUCUAUAAAUACAAAUUUUUUUAAAGCUUGCAGCUGAGCUUGCACUUUUAUUUCAAAGAAAAAUUCUAAUUCAAUUAGGGGUUUUAGAAAAAAAGCUCGGCUACUGUAGCUCUCUUGAAAGUGCACAUCUUGGUUGAUUUUCAGACAAACAUUCUGAAACGAAAUAAGGAAUCAACUUAUUUAAUAAAAGAUCACAGCUGAAACUGUUGAGUACUCUAGUUCUUGGAAUUUUAUAAGAAAUGUUUCAAUUCAGAUCACAGAUUCUCAAAACCCUUCCCAAAGAUUUCUCAAAACAAAAAAGUCGAAUCAAAAAAUUGUUCCAGGAAAACGUGUGUUGUGUUUGUUGAGCCUACGGGGCAUACAUUCGGACACCAACAACAAUCUUCACCACAACUCACUAAUCAAUCAUCCACCCACUAUGUUUUUUAUCAUCACCAUCACCACGAUUAUUAUUGGACACCUUAUCAAGAUCAACAACAACAAGAACAUCAAACUCUCGCUGCUGCUCAACAACCAUAUCAUCAAGCAGCUCCAACUUCUUGGGUUCCACCAGAUCCGUUUUCCGAUGCUCCAAUGAUUGUGACGUCUUUCGAUGAAACACAAUCACAAAAAUCGCCGAUUCAACCAAAGGUUUGUUGAUUUUAUUGAUUAUGGGUGCAGAGAACGUUGAUUUUGAACAUGUGAUUAUCAUGUGAGACGAAAAAUGGAAAAGCUAUGUACAAAAGUGGGUGGUCGGAAUAAAUAUACGUCCCUGUAUUGUGUUUACAAAAGAGAACAGGGAGUGUUAUUAUAGAAAACCAGGGUACUGUAAUUGAAAAAUAUUGUGAUGAGCAUUUAUUGUAUUCUGGAAGAUUGAAAGGGUUCUAGGUUUUCCAAAUGUGAAGAAUUUAGGUUUUGGAUUAAAAAUAAAUAAAUUCAAAUCAAUUUUUUGGUUCAGAAUGUUCAGAAAUCGAUAAAAUAUUCUUCCGGUGCUCAAAAACAACAAUUUUCUCAUUGUAAUCUUCCCCCUAUUUAGAAAAUCACAUGGUUACACUGAAGUUGUAUUACACAUUAAACGGUACUGUAGUUCUUAAAAAUUCUUCAAAAAAUCAAAAAUUCUGAAGAUCACUUAUAUCUGAAAGUGACAAAACAACAUUUUCAAAUAACUGUAUUAGGUUAAUUUAUUUUUGAUAUACAGUAACUUUUUGCCGAAAGUUUUGAGAAAAAAAAUAUUUCAAAAAAUAAAACUUUUUUGUUACAAUUUUCUGAAUGAUACGAUUUUUUACAAUUCCCAAAGCCCGAAAAAAUUCCAACACAUUUUAAAACAAAAAAAAGCGAGCUUUUAUUUUGUGCUUUGUCUCGCAAUGAUAUCGAAUCACAAAAAAUCAUCUUCCAAAAAUCGUGAAAUUUCAAUGGUUAGUUUUUAAUAUUCAUUUUAAGAAUUUCUAAAAAAAAAUCCCCGUAAUUUUUUUCGUGUGUAUCAAAAAUCGUUUAUUUUAUUUUCUUGUUGUUAUCAGUCACUUCUCGACAUACUUUUCUAUGAGAGAGAAAAAUAUACCCCAUAAAAAGGUUUACAGAAAUCUGAAGAAUAAUAAAUUUCAAUCAAUAAUCAAAUUUGUAGGAACAAAUUCUCGAAGAAAUUGUCCGUGAAUGCGAAGAAAUCGAGCGUCGCUCCUCAUCUGGUGGAUCUCCAGCUUCAUCAAUUUGGUCAUCCGAUGAACGCGAGAGCAACUCUUCUCCAGAACUUCCAUCCUAUCAUCCAUACAAAACUCCGGAACGCAAGGAACGCAAGAAGGCGCAAAACCGACUUGCGGCUACGCGUUAUCGUGAGAAGAAACGUAAGGAAAAGGAAGAGGCUAUGGAGUGCAUCGAAGGAUUGAGCAGCAGAAAUGGUGAACUUAAAUCUGAGGUAAGUGGAGGGAAACUUGGCUACUGUAGAACUGUUUUUAUGAAAUGCUAAUGUUGAAUGCUAAAAUCAAAUUAUCCUAACUCUCCCAUGAUUUUUCAAUUUUUCCAGGUAUCCGAACUCGAAAAGGAGAUCAAAUAUUUGAAGAAAUUGAUGACUGAACUCGGCAUUGCUCUCGACCAACUUCCAACAACUUCUUCCUAA